GUGCUGCGCCACCGCCUCUGCGCCCGCAGCUCCGCCGGCGCCCGCGUCCCUGCGAGCCGCGCGUCCCGGGCGCGGCCAGAGCGGGUGUCACCGGCACCAGCCCCGCCCCGCACUCCACAGGCAGCCCCCGGCCCGGCCCGGCGGCCAUGUGCCGCGGGCGGGGAGCGGCGAGCACCGCCCGCCUGCGAGGGCGGUGCGGGGGGCGGGCGGUGCGCCCCUGGGCCGAGCCGGCGCCUCGUCCCGCCCGCCCGCAGUCCGACCGGGGCCGGCGCGCUGCCUCCCGCAGCAGAGGGGCUGCGACCGUGCUCCCCGUGGCGGCGACGCUAUGGAGGGGUGCCCCGCGCCCGAGGCGCCGUAGAGCCGCUGCCCCCGGCCGCACUGCCCUGCCCUGCCCUGCCCUGCCCUGCCCGGCGAUGGGAGCCGGCUCGGCCAGGGCAGCUGCGGGCGGGACGCCGCCCCCCGUCGGGCGGACGCUGCCGGCGGCGAGGAGAGGCGAGCGCGGGCUGAGGAGGGCGCCGUGGGAGGCAGCUGCGUUACGGUUCCCGUAGAGACUUUGUUGCUUCACCUCAGACCUAUGUGACUGAGGCAGAAGGAUCAUGACCGAAGUUCUCUUCUCUGCUGCUUUGAAUGGAACUGAACCCAACCUGUUAUCCAGCAGUGGCUGGCCUGCGGGAAAUGCCACCACCAAGUGUUCCCUGACGAAAACCGGCUUCCAGUUCUAUUACCUGCCCACUGUCUACAUUCUGGUCUUCAUCACUGGUUUUUUGGGCAACAGCGUGGCCAUCUGGAUGUUUGUCUUCCACAUGAGGCCUUGGAGCGGCAUAUCGGUUUACAUGUUCAACUUGGCACUAGCCGAUUUCUUGUAUGUCUUGACUCUGCCUGCCCUCAUCUUUUACUACUUCAAUAAAACAGACUGGAUCUUCGGAGAUAUUAUGUGCAAGCUGCAGAGGUUCAUCUUCCACGUGAACCUGUACGGCAGCAUUUUGUUUCUGACUUGCAUAAGUGUGCACAGGUACACAGGCGUGGUGCACCCCUUGAAGUCGCUGGGGAGGCUGAAGAAGAAGAAUGCAGUGUACAUCAGCACUCUGGUCUGGGUCAUCGUGGUGGCCGUGAUUUCUCCAAUACUCUUCUACUCGGGAACGGGGAUAAGGAAGAAUAAGACCACAACAUGCUACGACACAACAGCUGAUGAUUUCCUGAGAAGUUACUUCAUUUACAGCAUGUGCACCACGGUGUUUAUGUUCUGCAUCCCAUUCAUACUGAUUCUUGGUUGCUACGGGCUCAUUGUGAAAGCUCUGAUUUACAAAGAUUUGGACAAUUCUCCUCUCAGGAGAAAGUCGAUUUACCUGGUUAUUAUUGUGUUGACAGUCUUUGCUGUGUCUUACCUUCCCUUCCACGUGAUGAAGACCUUAAAUCUAAGAGCCAGAGUGGAUUUUCAGACUCCACAAAUGUGUGCCUUCAACGACAAGGUUUAUGCCACCUACCAAGUGACGAGGGGUCUGGCCAGCCUCAACAGCUGCGUCGACCCUAUUCUUUACUUUCUGGCAGGCGAUACCUUUCGAAGGCGGCUUUCCAGGGCUACCAGGAAAUCGUCCAGAAGAAGUGAGCACAAUGUGCAGUCCAAGAGUGAGGAAAUGACUCUCAAUAUUUUAUCAGAGUAUAAACAGAACGGAGAUACCAGUUUGUGAGCAAAUGUGAAAGAUUUGGGAAUAGUUUGAAAAAAUCCUCCGCUUUGAGACACCGUAGUGCUACAAACGUGUGAGGAAAAUCUUACCAGUCUCUCAAAGUUGUUUUAGGUAAAGCCUCAUUAUCUGAUCUUAGAAAAAGCUUAACAAAAUCAGUGGAGGAAUUUCAAUGGAAAAUAACCUGUCAAAUUUCUGCUUUUCCUUCUCCUUACGAUAUUCUCAUUUCUUUCUGACUUGUGUCAGAUAAAGUAAAAUGAAGUAAAUCCCCUACAGGAAGAAAGCAAUCCAAGUGCUUCUGGUUUAAUGACUUAGUCUCCCACGUUCAAAAAAUGUUCCCAAUCAGCCUCUCUUUAAAAAUAGGAAAUAAAAAUAAGAACGAGCAGUAUCUCUUCUGAGGCUCAGUCCACAUACCUAGCCUUCCGCUCAUCAUUGUAAACAUUGUAAUUUACAUUGCCAUUGUAAACAAGUAUUUAAAUCAAAGUCAUGAUGCAGUUAUCUCACCUUUAUAGUUUUAUUAUUUCUUCAUCUAGUGUUGAUAAUUAUUUGGUAGUUUGGUGGAAUUUCUGAUUCAGUCUCCUUUGAGUGCUGGUGUUUUACAAAAGGUAGGCUUACUGAUGUGUGCAUGAUUAUGCUUUCAGAUUGCGAUGGUUGUUCAUGAAAAAUCUGGACCACCCUUAAAGGCAAAUUGGCUUCCAGGUGAACUGACACCUUGGCCACUGGCAGACAGAUAAGCAGGUCUCGCUAGAAGCUGGUGCAGGCAGGCGCCUGCUUCGCACGUGCACAUAGUGGUGUGUUUCGUGAACAGAUGUCGGUGUGCAAACGCGUGGGGAGGUGAUUUGGUUCUGAGCAGCUGAUGGUCCGAUCCUGCCUUCUGUGCUGAGGAAAGCCAGCGCGUUGUCAGCGGAGGAGCUGCAGGACAGGGCUGAGCAUGGACUGGGCUUGUCUGGGGAGUGCCCGGUGAGCUCUGCAGAGCCGGGGCGAGCCGCCCUUCCCACAGGCUGACCAACAGCUUGCUGCAGCGCGAGCACCUGACUGCUGGUGUUGGGAGCCUUGCUGGAGGUCUUUACGGGUAAAAUGUGAGAAAUGUGUGUGCUGAAAAUAACUGUACCUUCGGAGCAGUAAAACUACAGUCGCUUGAGUUGCCUGCGUUUUCAUUUGGUACAAGAGUAUUUCUGUUCCUGGCAAUCUUUAGAGAUAACAUAAGAGUUGUUUCCCAAGAAAAUAGUUAUUAAAAUGGAUAAUAUAAAUGGAUUAUAUUAUAUAUAUAUAAAAUAGUUGCGAAUUAAUUUUUUUGUACUGUGACAAAUAAAUCACUGUAUUAACAAGAUGUUGCAAUGUACUACAGACUAAAUCUGGCCCUUCAUUGUAUAUCUUCUCCAAAUGUGGAAUAGGUCAUCCAAAAUUAGCCAAACUGCAAUAUUGUGUAACACAAGAGCUAGUGGUCAGAGCACAGGCGUCAAAAUCUUACAUGGGCAGUCUUACUCAUUUCUCAUAUUUCUAAGAAAUGUAUUUGAAAAUAUUGUGUGCAGCAUGCUCUGAAUUAUACAUUUAGUGUACAAAAUUUAAGUUCUGUGUAAUCCUAAGAGUGAUUUUAACAGAUCUUUGUUCCUCCAGUCUUCAUAGUAAAAUAUUUACAUUUUACUUACUAAUUUCCAGUGAUUGGUAACAAACAAGAAUAGCUCUAGUUAUUUCUUGACAACAUUGUAAAGCAGCUUGUGUUCACAUGUACAGCUUCUUAAUCUGCAAACUCCCUAUUUAUUGAACUUAUUUAUUAGAAAGCUGAAUGUAAAGUUUGUAAAGUGUGGUUCUCAGUGUUCAUAUGCAGAAUUGGGCAUUAAUGGCAAAUUUAACAGCAUGGUUCAAUCACUGUAAUACUGCGUCUUCUAGCAGAACAUCUUUAUAAUAAACUCAAUUCCACCCUGACUAUUCACUGUUGAUAUGUAACCUAGUGAUAAAUUAAGCUACUGAUUUAUAGCCUAGAGAUAAAUUAAACUACUGCUUAGGAAGCAUAGCUUCUUAAAGCAGUGUUAAGCUCUCAUUUAGCCCUAUAAGAUGAAAAAUGUAGAGGUAGUGAAGACAUUCCAGCCAAGGGUCAAUUGCUAAUUAAUCCCUACUGACAAAAGACUGUGGAACAGCACAGCCUAUUUAUAUCACCGGAGAAUGAGCCUGUUUCACAAUAAAUGACUUCUCCUAUUAUGUGAUUAUUUGAGACUUCAUUCAACUGAGGCAUGUCUUGUUUGGAAUAGCAGAUGAAUUAAAUGGAGAACAAGCAUAAAAAUAGGAUAUUCUCUGAAUCUGCUUCUGUAGGUCUAAAAUCAUCUUCAUUUCCUGGCAUUUCGUGGUCUAUUCCUCAUUUUUCUUUCAGUUAGGAGAUAAAAUGUUCCACUAAUUCAUGUCUGAAAAAAGAUCUUGAACAGCCACAGCAGAAUGUGAAGCCGCACGCCCAGGUUGGUCCUUAUGGAGUUCCUUACAGUUGUUUUGCAAUAUGUCUCUCUAAUGUGGCAAAAUCGGCUCACUAUUACAGUGUGUAUGAAAUCCAACAGCGUUCUAUGGGCCCAGCUGCAGCAGGCUGGGUGUGAUGCAGGAGAGACCCACAGCUGGAUGGAUGCCCUGCUGGGGAGACCCACCUUCUGGACAGCACUGCCAGUGUUGUAUUAUCUUUCCUGCAGUCUUCUGGGUCUUGGACACCUGCGAUGUUUUUCUCCUUUCCUCAUGAACUGUUAAAAGCUCUGUCUUUCACUUUGACUCACUGAAAAGGACUGUGCAAUUGGCCAGUUGAUUACUGAGGUCUGUCCUGAUACUUCAUUUAAUGAAGAUGGCUCUGACUGGUGAUCAGCCACAGCAGGCAGCUGCACUCAGCAUCUUCACCUCACGGAAGUGUAUGGGAGCCUCCUGCCAAACACCGAGAAGGAUCAUUAAACACAUUUUACGCAGUUUGUUUUCCUUCUUUCGCAUCCCAUGAUCUGCAGAGCCAACACCUCAAACUGCAUCCUGCUCCAAUGCAACUCUUUGCUGUACACAUACUGAGAUGUCACAGCCUCCUCCAAAUCCAGCUGGAACUUGAAACUGAGCCUUACAAUCUCAUGUAAAGCUCCUGCUCUCUUUUUAAGCAUCGCUGUAUUAGACAUGGAGUAGUCAGAACCAGUGCAAAAUCACAUCAAAUUCGUACCUUCUCCUAUGUGAUUGCUUUUUACCUGCAACAUGGCAGAAUGGUGUCUGUUGGACACCAUGUGGAUGAACCCAAGCAGCUCCUCUCCAGGCAGUGUGAUGGAUGGAGCCAUUACCUCCUGGGCGACUUGCAAGGCUGUUGUUAAAUAUUUGCCUUUUGGCACAUACCCUUACUGUGUAUUUGUGGAAGACAGUCAGUCCACCAGCCUUAAAGGCCCAAGGUGAUCCCUGUGUUUAUCUAUAAUCCUCUGUGAUGGGUGUAGUCAAAGAAGCCUUUCCUAAGCCACUCGCCUGGAGUUUCCUUUUGAUGUAUCCAAUAUGCAAAGGGAACUCAAUCUCAGCUACAGCCUUUGGGCUGUUAAUUAAUAAUCAGUGAUGACGAGGGGUUGUGUUUUGUUUACUAGGAAUGAGAUUCAGCUCAUUGUCUCACUGCAGGAAGACCACCAGAAGUUCUACCUUCGCUUGUGUUGUAUUAGCUUUCAACUAGCAAAUGAGAUUAAACCUUCUAUGGUUUCGUGGUUAUGCUUUUAACCUAUUUUUUCUCUGGGUAUAUUUGGGAAUCUUUUAAUAACUACAAACACACCAAAAGGUUUGAAGUAGUUAUUUAAAAGCUUAAGUUUUGCCAAAGCAUUCUAUAAUGAUCCACACCAAAACAAAUCAUUAUUCAUUAGCUAUAUUUUGCUUCUUCCAGCUCAUAGGGUUAAUUUUUUUCUCAUUUAUGCCCAUUAACUCUUGCAUAUGGCAAUCUUUUAACUCGAAGUAAGUAUGAAACCUAUACAUGAGCUGCUUUCAGUUGUACGUUUUCGUAACACAGCGCCAUGGAUUUUGUAUUUUAAUCCAGUUUAUAUGACACCAAGUUAAUGAAUUAAGGAGCAGACAUAGGGAACCAGAAGUAUUUUGCCUGGCCCUGCUUUCAGCAGGAGGUUGCACUAGAUGCCCUGGCAAGCUGCCUCCCAACCUGAGUUCCCCCACAACCCUGUGGAUGGUGGCUGUGGGAAGCUGCAGGGCUGUUGCUAUGGCUGACAGCCCACAAGCGAACGCCGCAGAGCAUCCUGUUGCUUUCCUGUUCACAUAGGACAGAAGCUGAAGGUUUGGUCCUGUAGUGUGGGCCCAUAGACUAAAGCUCCAGGGCCAUGCCAAGUUCUCCUAAGCCUGGCAUCCUCGUCUUCCUUGAUGAGGAAGGACAAGGAGGAUGGACACACACAGAGCUCCGGGCACUCGGCCGAGUGGCAGGAGCCCUGGGGAGCAGGCACUGCCACUGUGGCUGCUCUGGCUGCCCGGCUCAGCCUGUCUGGAGGCCAGUGAGCACAUGUCCUGCUAAGACCUGGGCAGAAGCCACCACGGAAAGGGGCUGUUCUUCCCCACUGUCACGCACAGAUUGUCCUACCUGGAGAGUCAGGUCUGUAGCAGUGGAAGACACUGGCCAUGGAGGUGCCUCGAGGCAAAAAACCUGCUAAUUGCCUUUCUGGAAUAUUUUUUUCCCACCCCUUGUCACUAGUUUUUUUCUUCAGAUUGAUCCAGAACAAAAAUAUUAAUAAAGAGUGAUGUCUUAACACAGGUAUUACUUAUUUUUGUGAUAAGCUCAUUAUUUUUCAAGUCUAUACAUUUGUAUUUGUUACCUGCAGUGGUUAGUCUUCCCCUUGGGUACAAUUUUUGAAGGCAGCUAUAAGCCUGAAGUUGAAUUUGAAUAUGAAGAAUUUAUUCCAAGCUCCUGAGCAGCCGUGUUAAGCAGCUGCGGAUAGUGCAAGCACUGGGACCAGUAGAGUUGCAGAGGGAAGCACUGACUUUGGGUGGAAGUUGGUUUAGACAGACACUAAAAGCCCUUGACUUUAAAAAAAAGGCCACACUGUAGCUGCUUGAAUAGGACUGUUUCACUCUGCUUGCAUUUGUGGUAUUAUUUCUAACUUCAGGUGCUGUGCACUGAAUCAGAACCUGCUGCAGAACAGUAUUUCUGCAGCCUAACUCAAUAGGCACAAUAAUUGCAAAUACUUUCAAGAUAUACGACUUGUGAAUUAAAACCACUACUUAUUUUGUGGCCGUGAGUUACAAUGUGUUUCAAGGAUAUACGUGAAAAUGUUUAUUUUUCUAUUGUACUGUGAUUUUAAUAUUGUUGAGCGAGUUCAAUUUUUGUGCAAAUACUAGUGAAAUUUUAUUGCAAUAUCCGCAGAUAGUGUUACUUGGUAUUUAAGCUCAGGUUAUGUAACUGCUUUAAUUAUAUAGUAGUAAAAUAAUCCCCUUAUUUGUCUAUACUUUUAAUGAAUAAAAGGAUUUUGUUUUUUAAUAAAGCACGAGGUGUACUUUUGCAUGUACAUUUACUGUUAGGCAUGGCUUUUGAAGUUACAACUAUUUUUAGUGGCAGCAGAACUGCAGCCACAGAGUUGCUGGCACUGUACCUAGCAACCUCACUUUGAAACUGCUCCAAUAAAAUUAUGAAACACUU